AUGUGUGCUUACGUUUUCUCUGUGUUGGAGUCGACUUAUCAGCAUGACAGUCUGAGGUACCUGCUGGACUACUUCAUCCCAGCAAAACAUCUUCUUCACAAACUACAGCAGCAUGCCUGUUCUCAGUAUCUGGGCUGUCUGUUCCUCCACUCCGGUUGGCCCCUCUGCCUCGGAGAGAAGGUUGUGGUCCAGCUCUCUACUCUGGACUGGAGGCUGCUGCGCAGUACCGACUUCUACUUGCAGGUGGUUCCCUUCUCCACACGCUGCCCCCGCCUGGCCCUCAAGUGUUUGGCCCCUGGGGGCCGCAACGUCCAGGAGGUCCUGGUGCCCGAGUCACAGCACCCCCUGGUGUUCACCACAGAGUGGCUGCACAGUGUCAACAAGGAGAGGGGCUACAAAAGAGAAGGAGGUGGAGGGUUAGAUACGUGUCUGGUCAGUACGUGUGACGGGGUGAUCCGCCUACCGUGGGAGGAGGUGGUCUACCCCAAGUUCAUCCAUAACCCAUCGGACGACCUGACUACCAUGGCUGACCACCCAACCUCCGUCUCCGACCACACCACCGACCUCACCCCGGUGGUGGGCCUCGGCCUGGGUGGCUGGGGGGGCUCCUCCUCUGGAGAACCAGACUCCUGUUCCUGGGACGAAGAAGACGAUGACCUACCUCCAGACAGUGUAGAUGCAGAGGCCGUUCUACCCCGCCGACGGUGCAGCGAGGACGGGUUAGGGAGGACGACGAGGCAUCACCAAAUGGAUGGUGAUGGGGACUACGUGGAACUCCUGGAGCCCAGGGGGGGUCCGGACGGCGGCGCGGACCCCAGGCAGAGGUACCUGGAGAUGCAUGGUAUCUGUAAGACCAAGACCCUGCCGCUGUGUAGGAGGAGCAAGGCUAUCAAGCUCCGCAGAGGGAAGGCCUGGGGGUACGGGAGACUGGACGCAGCCGGGGGCAGUAGGGGCGUCCUGGGGGGUAAGAGGGACUCUGUGACCCCCCGGGGGGACUGGUUACCCCCCCGCCCCCUGCCUAGAGUCAUCGAUCUAGGCCGAGCGAGACGGUCUGAGUCGUACCCCUCCUCGCUUCAGAACUCUGACGAAGGGGAGAAACAGGCCCUCGGAAAAGACCCAGAAGGCCUAGGAAGCCAGGGGCUGUAUUUUGAUGGUCCGUCCAAGGAGAGGAGGCCCGGGGUGGGCAGGGAGAGGGAGGGCAGUGGGUGUAACGUUACACAACCAUGCAGGGGCAGCCAAGGAAGUAACAGUUUGGUAGCGACCGAGACAGCAAAUCCCAAAGCAGCGCACGUUGUAGAGGGCCAAUCGGAUCAAAGCUCUCGCUCUGAAUCUGUGUUUGAGGAUGUUGAUAAGCCACUGAGUGGAGACAGAGACACUAUGCCCACUACAGACACACGAGGAAGUGGGGAGAAUGCGGCGAGGACAUUGAUUGAUAUUCCAGGAAAUGGGGAGAAUGUGGACAGCCCAUUGGCAGAUGGAUCUGAAACCCAGAAAGGAAGACAUUCCACUAGUGACUCUUGUGUACCAGACAAAACAGCAGACUCGACAGAACACAGAGAGACGGAACGUUCUCUCUCUCGGCCCGGUACUGACGCUGACCCAAAGGGAGCAACAACAUCAGAAGAGAGGGAUGAAGGAAAGACGGGGGAGAUAGGAGUGUGUCCUAGAGGAAAGGAAGUAAAAACGGGAGGAUUCAGGGCACCCAGGAGGAAGAGGAAAGGGAGAGGGGGAAAGGGGAAGGCUAAAAGUGGUGGUCGUGGCAACCAGAAGACUCGAGACCAGGCCGGUUCCAAACCACCAAGUAAAACACCUCAGCGUGGUCCCGCCAUCUCCCCGACAACCAACCUGCCAAUCACUACAACCAACCUAUCAGAGGCAACACAGCAGCCUGAGGGGACGGAUAAAGAGCUCACACCAGUCAAUGAAGGGCAAGAAAAAGCUGAGAUUGGGGAAAGCAAUACAGGUACGGUGGACCGGCUGGGACGGGCUGUGGUUGUCACUGAAACGCACCUCCCAGAGGACGGUUGCCGUGCGGACGAGAUGGGCCGUGUCUUGGCCUGUUAUCACAGGAUCACCCGCUCUUCCGCUAAAGAGCGAGGCCUAACAGUAAUAGUGGACAGUCGACAAUCUCCUCCCUCCGCCCUCUGCCUCGCUGCACUGAAACAAUUACAGGUGCACACGGUGCGAGGGACAGGGGUCCUUCAGCAGUAUAUAGACAGGCAGCAGCUGCCCCUGGAGAUGGACGGAGACUACAAACACUGCCACUCUGACUGGUUGGCCUUCAGACUGAGUGUGGAGAGUCUAACUGAGUGUUGUGAGAGCGCACUCUCUCUGUUGGAGGAUGCACUGCAGUCUAUGGACACAGCACCACUACCAGACUGUAUCAAGACUGUUCCUCUAAGUGUGGAAAAACACAGACAGCUGAUGACGAGCAUCCUAGUCGACCAACGGCUGACUGAGCUGCAGCGGAGGGGUGGGGCCUGGCUGGCAGGGCUGGCCAAUGGCACAUCAGGACUGGCAAAGCGGUCCCCAGACUGCAGAGCUGCUCUGGCUGCGACCUCUAACCUCUAUGACAGCGUGGAUGAUUCCCUCCACCGCCUCGUCCAGGUGUCCAAUCAGAGGGGCAGUGACCUGGAAGCCCUCGGACGAUUGGCUGCCAUGGUGGACAAGCUGGAAAAGUGUGAGAGGGAGAUAGAGCAGAUCCAGGAUCAGUUGGAAGACUACAGGGAGCCUCCCAUCUCUCUCAGCAGACUCUCCCUCAAACAGCAGAAGUUCAAGACUUUCAGAGAGUCGGCCAAUGAGCUGCACACUGAGACCCUGGUGGUCCUUGGAGAUCUGGAGAGUUGGUCUGAGCUGGACUGGGGGGGACUGAUAGAGGUGCAGGCCAACCAGUGGUGCGACGUCAUCUCCUCCACCUCACCCUCCCCCUCCCCCCCCCUCUCCUCCCUCCCUCCCAUUCCUCCAUCUCGUUUUCAGGACGCCCGUGCCUUAGCCUUGGAGCUGGGUGGUGGAGCUCUCCUGGACCUGUGGUCUCAGACCCUUGAGAGAUACCAACGCACUGUGGCCCAGGUCAAACCCAGGCUGCUGCAGCAGGCAGAGCGAGGGCAGAACCAGGGCCAGGCCCGUCCCAAGACCCCCUCCACCUCCAGUCUGUGGGACCUGAUGGGGCCCGAGGGAGAGGGAGACUGGGGUGUGGGUGCCGGGGGAGGGGAGGGAGGCCUCCAGUCCUGGGGGUCCCUGGCUUCACUGUUUCGCCCACAGACCUGCUCCACGCUGAAGAUAGGAGAGGAGAAAGGGAAUAAGAAGGAGGGAACAGGAGGAGGAGGAGCGGGAGGAGGAAAGUUUCUGCAGAAUCUGCUGUAUCCGGCAAAGAAGAGCCCCACAGAAGCCCCUUUGCCCCCCAAACCCCCCAGGAAGCGUCACCCCAGCUUCGACCUCCAGGCCCUGCUGGCCCCCCGUCGGGGCCCUGCCACCGCCAGGCCCGUAGAGCCUCCUGUGGGUGCAGCCAGCCAGGUGAGCAGCAAGGAAGUGGUAGACUACACCGGGACGCCAAGACAACACGUGCUGCUGAGCCGAGCGGAGAGGGAAACGGGAGGGGAGAGGCAGGGCACCACCACCGCACAGAGUAAACUGUACCUAUUGUGGUGCAGGAUGCUGAGUUCAGAGAGGCAGUACGUGGCUGUAUUAAAGGGGGUGGAAGAGACCUACUUGCCCCUCCUGGAGGGUCCAGACACCCCCUCCUCCCUCAGGGGGAAAGCAGAUCUCCUGUUCCCCAAAUGGGCCAGCCUCAGCUCCUUCCACUCACAGAACCUCCUCCCAGCCAUGGAGGGAGCUCUACUGCAGAGUCUGCUGCAACAGGACCUCUUCAGUAAAUACAGAGAGGAGUUUCUCCAGUACUCUCACUACAUCAGGACUAAACCAGAAUUGGACUCCCCGUUGGUUACUCAAGCUGCAGACUUCUUCAAGCUCAGACUCCCGGCCACCCCUCCUCUCUCCCCCCUGUCGUUCCCCCAUUGUCUCCAGGCCCCUACACUGAGACUGGAACAGUACUGCGAUGCCUUGGAAGAGCUGGGAGGGCUAAACCCUGCCUCCGACUCCUCCCUCUCCGUCCUCAGACACGUCCAGCGUCACGGCGAGGACCUCCGGGCCAGCGACCUAAUCGUCGGGUGUCCGGUCCCAGUGGCGGAGCGAGGGGAGCUGGUGCGUCAGGGGGAGCUGUUGGUGUGUGGGGGGACCAGGAGGAAGAAGACAGGGGUGAGGAGUGUGUUCCUCUAUCAGCACCUCAUCAUCUUCACCAAGCAGAAGAGUCCCGGCUCAGGACGCACCACCUACAGCUUCAAACACAGCAUCAAGACGGGUGAGAUGGGUCUGACCCAGAGUGUGGGUGAGGAGGGGGUGAGGUUCGAGGUGUGGGUGCGUCAGGCCCCUCGUAUCCGGGACUGCCUGACCCUGCAGUGUCAGAGUGGAGAGGGGAGGGCAGCCUGGACACAUGACAUCGCUCAGCUCCUCUGGACUCACGCUAUACACAACACAGAGUUGUGUCUGAAAGAGACAAUGUGUAUUGGUGUGUCUAGUAAGAUACUGCUAGACGUCACAGGAGCACCGGUAACAUCUGAACUAGACUCUAUCUACAAUCUGAAUGACAGAGUCCACAGUAGCUGUUCAGACUCUUCCUCUGUUGGCAGUCAGAAGGAGGGGGGGUCCCCAGCCUCUGGGAGGGGAAAAACACAGAACCAGUCUCCUUCCACUGCGGUGUAAUCUUCAUCUCAACAACAAACAAACUGGAUUCUGGACUCUGGACCUAAUAAAGACCAAAACAACAUCUCUAUGCAAGCCACUGGACGGGUCAAACUGGACAAGAAGUAAAGGACCAAAGAGAAAAGGGCAUACAGGAAACAAAGAGACAUUACGGCUCUAACUAACCCAGGACCUAGCAUCAGCAGAGCCUGCUGUUGGAGGCCAUGUUGGAUCGGCCGGACCCAGUUGCUCGCCGAGUCAUUGAUACCGUGGACACUCCAGCCACACAGUAGAGCCAUUGUCCUCCUUCAGCGGCUCCCCACUAGGCCAAACCACUCUGCCUGAACCACUGACUGGAGUCCGUGGCCUUCGUGCUUCCACUAUCUCCUAAAACAUACAGGAACAUUAUAGGAAAUAUAGCUUUAUACUGACUUUAUUGGACAUUAUUCAAAUGUAGCCUUUUACAACGCUGUUUAAACAGUGCCGUUUUUUUGGGAUGUUAGUACUGCAGUAGUAGUAUAGAUUCUGUCUGUGUGGCCGUAUAUGUGGUAUGGUAUAGGCUAGGUGUGAUUGUGAUCUAUGCAAAUGAGUACAUGCGGGCCUGCAUGUACGAGUGCACGCAUCACACAGAGUGUGGAGCACACGCAUACACUCUGCAGACAGUCUUAUUGUGCUAUAGACAGUAGAGUACUGUUCCGACACUGUGGCCAUCUUACAGCUUAGUACAGCAGCUAUAGACCAACCAGUGGGCAGAUAUCAACCAACGACAGGCAUGGUGCCCUACUCUCAGUAGGUCUUGCCUGGAAGUAAAGAGUAGAAUAAAUAAUAACAUGGAAAGGAAAUGUCCACAUCUUAUUAUAACCAAACUAUUAAUCUAAGCACUCAGAACCAAAUAAGCUGUUAAAGAGAGACUACCAAAGUCUGUAUUUUGAAGUGGUUUGUUAGUGAUGAUGUAAAAGCAAGUGAGAAUCUGGGCCAAAUGGUUACAGUGUGUCCAAUUGUUAUUGUUGAGGGUUUAAGGAAAAGUGGUAUUAAGUCUUAUUCAGACGUAAGUCUUAUGGUAACCGUAUAACUUGUUUUGGGGCCUUAUAGCACUGCUCUGUAUAAAGAUACAGUAGCUAUUGGACUCGAUGUAGUAUUCUCGAUUGGUCUUUUCAAUGACUAUUUAAUUGAAUGAUUUUGUGAUGAAUCUUUUUCAUAUAAGCCAUAAUGUUAUAAUCACCAAGUGUACAAAUGUUUUAUUUGCUAGCAUAAGUUAAUGCAAUAUGAAGUUAGUUAGGUAUAGUGUGUAAAAUGAGUCAUUUGUUUAUGUCUGAGUAAUGUGCUUAUAGCUUUUAAUACGUUUUUUCAAAAUGAAGGAAAGUAUUCCAUGAAAUGGAGAUGUCUGUUAUCUGCCAUAUUAUCUUGUUAUGAAUUGAAAGAUUUUUUAUUUUUGAAUGCAGUAUGCACUAUUAGCUUACGCCUCCAAAUGUGAUACAUUACAGUAAUAAUGAUACAUCAUUUGAUGGGUGCUUAUAUUUGUCCUAUUUAACACAUGCAUAAGUGUGUAUUAAUAUGCAUGUGUGAUUUGGAAAUGACAUUUUUUGCAUAUCCCAACUCUCCCUGAGACCUCAGAGAGUGGGGUCACAGCCGGGGUUGGCCAUUAUCAACAGCGACCCUGGAGCAAUUAGGGUUAAGUGCCUUGCUCAAGGGCACAUUGUCAUAUUUUUCACCUUGUCGGCUCGGGGAUUCAAACUAACCAACCUUUCAGUUACUGGCCCAUCACCCUUACCGCUAGGAACCUGCCGUCCUAAUACAAUACAAUGCAAUACUGUAAUAUACAAUCAAAUACAUGAGGGUUGAGUUAAUUUACAACUACACAUAUAAGUAUUAUUAAGUAUAAAAGUUGUGUUUCUAAGCUAGUCAAUUUUGGGAGCAAACUGAAUUUAAAUUGUGUUAUUGUAUAAUAUAAAGGUCGCUAACAGAUAGCCUAUAUGUCAGCUAUGUAACUAGGUUAGUCUGUCUAAUAUACACAGAUAGCAGCAACCCUUGUCUCAUCAGAUUUCAUGGGUGUCAUAGCAACUCCAUAUCCAAAUUAAAAAGUGCAAAUGGAUAUUGAACCCAUUGAAUCAAUAUCUAAUUUGUCUGAUUAGGAGGUAUGCAGUACUCAUACAACAGUACUAGCUUGGUGCUGCAGAAUAUAUUGCAUUAUAUUGGGAGCUAUUGUUUUCACCAGGAGAGAAGUCUUAUAAUAGGUCUUUAGAAUAAUGAACACCUUUUAACCAUCUAGCUGUAGAUUUUCAUAUUCAAAACGUCUUUUUAUUACGCUUUGACAUGAUCCGUAGUUUUACAUGUAAAUACAAGUUUUUUUUCCCCAAGUGUUUUUUAAGUGUCAUCUUACCUAUGCAGUUUAUGCCGAAAAUAUACUGAUGUUUACAGUUUCGAAAUAAAUGCUUGUUCUGUUUUUGUUGAA